GAUGACGCGCUCCGACGUCACUCCGUCUCGCCCUGCCCCAGCAGGGGGUCGGGAUCCUCCGCAGGUAGGCGCCGUCAGCUGGAGCGUCGCGGUGGUCGGCCAGUCGUGGAGGGCGUGUCCUGCGGCGCUAUGGCCGUAGUGUUGCCGGCGGUUGUGGAGGAGCUCCUGAGCGAGAUGGCGGCGGCGGUGCAGGAGAGCGCGCGAAUUCCUGAUGAAUAUUUGUUAUCGCUGAAGUUUCUCUUUGGCUCAUCAGCCACCCAGGCCUUGGACCUAGUUGAUCGACAGUCCAUCACCUUAAUCUCAUCACCCAGUGGAAGGCGUGUUUACCAGGUACUUGGAAGUUCUGGUAAAACAUACACAUGUUUGGCUUCUUGUCAUUACUGUUCAUGUCCUGCAUUUGCCUUCUCAGUGCUACGGAAGAGUGACAGCAUCCUGUGCAAGCAUCUCUUGGCAGUUUACCUUAGUCAGGUCAUGAGGACCUGUCAGCAGCUAAGUGUCUCCGACAAGCAGUUGACUGACAUAUUAUUGAUGGAGAAGAAACAAGAAGCAUAAAAGGACUGCAGGAGGUGCUGUGGGUUGGAGCCGUGGGCUGUGGAGGGUUUGCAUAUGAUGAGAAGCCCUGUACAGUCUUCUCAAGAAAAACCCUGCACCAGUCUCUGAGGUGCUUGGGUAAAAAAAGUCCCUGGAUGGAAUCAAGAUUUUAAAUUCAAAUAAAGCCUAAUAUCAUGUUGUGUCCACAUUAUUUAGUCUUUUUUUUUUUUAUUUUGAGACGGAGUCUCACUUUGUCGCCCAGGCUGGGGUGCAGUGGCGUGAUCUCAGCUCACUGCAAGCUCCGCCUCCUGGGUUCACGCCAUUCUCCUGCCUCAGCCUCCCGAGUAGCUGGGACUACAGGUACCCGCCACCACGCCCGGCUAAUUUUUUUAUUUUUUUUAGUAGAGAUGGGGUUUCACCGUGUUAGCCAGGAUGGUCUCUAUCAUCUCCUGACCUAGUGAUCUGCCCGCCUCGGCCUCCCAAAGUGCUGGAAUUACAUGCGUGAGCCACUGCACCUGGCCCUAUUUAGUCUUAAGUAACUGAAUUACUAGUAAUUUUUAAAAGGUUGGAAUGGUGGGCCAAACAGAGUAAGAUGAAGUUUCGACGAGUAGGUCAGUUCUUUUCCUUGGGUCCAGAAAACUAUUGAGCAGCAACAGAAGAUCAGAGCAGAGAUGUGGCUAAACAGUAGCAGGUAUGAAAAGACUUAGAGGUUCUGGUUUGUGUAAGCUUCAAAUAUCUGUGAUGUUGGUGCCAAAACAGCUUAAGUAGACUGUAUUGUUUGAGAGGUAGUAUUGAGAACAAGGGAAGAACUGGUUUCACUGCAUUUCUGAUCUUUACAACAGGGCAAUUGAAGGAACAGACUAAAAAUCAUGUCCUGAAAGGAAACUACAGGUACUACCAGGGAUUUUCAGUCUGAAGAAGAGAAGACAAAAUAGAUGACAGAAGGAGUAUUAGAAGGGGGAGCGAUGAGACUCAGUUGGACACCAAGAGACAGCAAAGAAGCAAUAAUACGUGAAGAUGAAAAUGAAAUCAAUUAUUUCAACAUAAGACAAGAACUUAUGGUAAAGCUGCCCACAGCCAGAAGAGGAUCCUAGAAGGACGGGAAUUCCCUGUCUGCAGCAUUUCAUAAGCAUGUAAUGUCGUUGCAGGGAUACUGCAGAAGGAGUUGAAGCAGUGGACAGACAGAUGAUAUAAGUGAUUUUACAGCCUAAGAAAGCCCCAUGCUUGUGCCCCCAAAACAUGAGGUGCUAGUGAAUGAAUGCUGGGGGAAAGCCCAGGGCCUAGGUGUUGCAAUGUUCUGUGGUUGGCAGAUGCUUUUUGUUUUGUUAAAGUGCAACAAAUAAAAUUUAUCAAGACUUUUCUGCUACUCAGGAAA